AUUGUACUGCAGACCAUUGCUACAAAGUAAUAUACCGAAUGGCAGAAGGUGGUAGUUUAGUAGCAACAUGACGAAGCGUACAGUGAAGACUUGUGAAAAACCAAAGAACAAUGAGACCGAGUCCGAAGUGGGUUGUGUUUGGCCGCAGAUUGUAGCAAUUUUGGCAGCCUGUUUGGGUGCCUUUAACGAUGGAGUAUUGUAUGCCUGGACAUCACCUUUCCUAGUAAAAUUAGUAAACGACAAAGAACGCUACGACAUUUCUGAGAGCGAGGCAAACAAUUUGACAAUUGUGCAGCCCUUGACUAUAGUACUCACCGGUUACUUCUUCUCACAACUGACUGAUAGAAUAGGAAGAAAAAAGACUUUGCUCCUGAUGGGCGUACCUCAAGUAUUGUCGCUGUUGAUUUGCGGCUUCGCGAGAAGUAUCUAUGUCUUCUAUAUCGGCCGAGUGUUUGCUGGUCUGGCGAAUGCGAUACUUUGGUCAGCCCUGCCGGCGUACAUCGCAGAAGUGGCGUCACCGCAGGUUAGGGGAGUAUGGGGCAAUAGUAUUACUUCAGGAAAUUAUGUCGGACAGUUGUUUAUCAAUGUUGCUGGAAGCUAUUGUGAUAUAUUAACAUCUUCUUGCAUAUUUACUUUCGUUUCAGUUUUGUUUUCUGUAGUUUUUUAUUUCAUGCCAGAGUCACCUUUUUUCUUUAUUAUGAAUGGAGAUGAGGAGUCUGCUAAGAAGUCGUUGAGGUUUUUGACCAGAAAAACAAACGUUGAUAAUGAUUUUUUCAUGCUAAAAAAGGAUGUUGACAGACAGAUGUCAGAGACUGGAAAUUGGAAAGAUUUGUUUUGUAUUAAAAGCAACAGAAAGGCUCUUACAAUUGCUUCAUUUUUGAGAAUAACCCAGAUAUUUAGUGGAUCAGCGAUAAUAAGUCAAUACAAUCAAUAUAUUGUAAAGAAAGCUGGAGGAAAUGUAAGCCCGGAAAUAGCUUCCAUUAUUUUUACAGGUCUUUGUGUAGUUUUUAACAUUUUCGUAAUUAGUUUCAUAGUUGACAGGUUUAGCAGGAAAGUCUUGUAUGCAUCCUCAUUAGCCCUUUGCAGCAUAGUCCUAUGCACAUUGGCUUCUUAUUUCUACUUCGAUCAAUUUGUCCCUAACGCAGAUCUAGACUCUGUGUCUUGGUUGCCAUUAACCUGCCUCAUUACAUUCCAAAUAGGAUUUUCUUAUGGAUUAGCAAUCAUACCAACCCUAAUGAUGGGAGAAUUGUUCUCAGUUAGUAUAAAGUCAAAGGCUAUGAUUAUUAUGAUGGUUGAAAUGGGAGGAUCAGUAUCUUUUGUGAGCUUGUUGUUCAAUAUUUUAAAUAGUGUUUUGGGAACUUUUGCCCCUUUCGCCUUUUUUGCAUUUUGUAGUAUUGGAUCAGCUAUAAUGUCCUUGUAUAUUAUUCCUGAGACUAAAGGCAAGAGUUUGGAGGAAAUACAAAUGGAUUUAAAAGCAUCUUCAAAAGAAGGUACACAGCGAGAGAAAAAAUGAAUUAUUGGCGAUAUAAUUUUUUUAACCAUCGAUAAGAAAUGACAGCUUCAGCCAUAAUGAUUUUUGGUAUUUUAUAUAUCACUUCCACAAAUAUAAAGGCCUGUAGUUUUAAUUUAAAAAAGUUAUGUAACUUUAAAAACAACCUUGCACAUGCCUCAGUGUGUACCACCCCUGGUACACAUUGAGCCGCAUUGGUUGUCUUGCUGUGUACCGCGUCUCACUGUGUACCACCUUCCUCUACAAAUCAAACAUUAGGUAACAUAAGUAGUUAUAAUUUUUUGCAUUUUAUUACAAAUAUUGUUCUGAAGCUAUUUUCUUGUGUCAUUCCAAAGUAAUUACUAUUAGUAAUAUUAUAAUAGUAAUUUGUCUCUAAGUAUUUCUUAGUAUUUUUUGAAAAGUCCUCAAAGCAAUCAGAAAAGUCAGCAUAUUAAGAUCUUCUAGAGAGUUAAAUAAUUUUUCUUCUAGAUAUGUAUCCUUUGUUUAUUUAACAAUGUGGGAUGCCUAUCGAUAAGUAAUGGCUGCGUUGAAAAUUAUAUAUCAUUCUAGGAUAUUUCACUGCUUAGAUUGUUGUUACCGUACAGCGUUUUCCGCUAUGGUACCAUUAUAAGCUUUGGUAUGGAAUAUCGUGAACGUCCCAAUAAAUGGUCCAACAAAUAUGUCUGUUAUCUUCGUUUUAUAGCAUUAAAAGCUUUUCCUUUGUAAAAAUGUAUCCAGUGGAGCCCCUAUAUUUCCAAAGCGAGCAAGUCUUUGGCCAAUCACUGAUUUUCUUAUAAAAUUGUUGACUUUACCACCAUUUAAUAAAUCCAAUAUAGCAUGCCUAGUUUUCUUUAUUGCACUCACCAGAUUUAGAUUUGUCCAUUUAGGCUUAGAUGUCAUAAUUCCUCUAAAUUGUCAAGGGUAAUACUCGGGAAUUCCUUUUUUUCUAGAGUUCAAACUCUAUCACAUUCCAUAAUAUAAUGUCAUAAACAACCUAAUCAAUUUAUUCCAGCGAAAAAACUGUUCAUGUAUUGUUCUGCGGAUCAUUAUUGAGUUUUACUAAUUCUAAAGUUUGUUGAACUUCAGAAGCCAUUUUGAAGCGACUUUGAAAAAAUUGUAUUUCACCACGCUUCUGUAUUUCGAAAUAUACCGUAAAUAUGUU